UUCUAUUUAAUUUAGAUGCAUAGAGGACUUAAACAGUGAAAAUAUUCAUUUAUACCUUGCUGGAAAAUCAGUGAGCAAAGAAAAAAAUGGAUCAUUUGAAGAGACUGGUAAUGGUUUUUGUUUUGGUUUUCUUUGCCAUGAGGGUUCCCAAAACAUCAGCUGUUAAAAAUGGACGAGUUCCGGCCUUGUUUUCAUUUGGAGACUCAAUUCUUGAUACAGGAAAUAAUAACCUCCUUCUCACAUUAAGUAAGUGCAAUUAUCCUCCCUAUGGAAUGGAUUUCUAUGGAGGAAUACCUACAGGAAGAUUCUGUGAUGGAAGAAACCCCUCAGAUUUGAUAGCGGAGGCUUUGGGAAUCAAAGCAACGUUACCAGCAUACCUGAGCGGUACCUUGAGGACUCAAGACCUCCCCACCGGAGUAUGCUUUGCUUCAGGUGGUUCAGGGAUUGAUGAUGUCACCUCUGCCAUACAGGGUGUUUUAUCACUAUCAGCUCAACUGCGACUGUUCGAAGAUUACAUAGGAAGGUUGAGAGCACUUGUUGGACAACAACGUGCUUCUUACAUCAUAUCCAAUGCCUUGAUCCUCAUUUCCGCAGGCAACAAUGACAUUGCCAUUACCUACUAUGACACCUUAGUACACUUGCAACCUUUCCCUAUGUACGCCGAUCGUUUAGUUUUGGGAGCUUCUAAUUUCGUCAAGAGUCUAUAUGCACUUGGGGUACGACGAGUGUGGGUACUAAGUACUUUGCCACUUGGAUGUUUGCCUGGAGGAAGAACCAUAGCGGGAGGACCUUUAAGGAUUUGUGCGCCCAUAGUGAAUUUACAAGCACAGUUAUUCAAUGGCAAGUUAGCAUCAGCAGUGUAUUCUACCAGAGCAAGCUUUCCCAAUUAUGAUAUUAGGUUCAUCGAUGUCUAUACUCCUCUCUAUAAUCUCGUGCAGAACCCUCUAAGUGCAGGGUUUUCAGACUCCUCAGAGGGUUGUUGUGGGACUGCAAUAUUUGGAGUUUCAGGACUAUGUAACCUUCUCAGUGUGUGUCCAUUUCCUUCCACAUACAUUUUCUGGGAUUUUGCACAUCCAACAGAGAGAGCUUAUCGGUUUAUUGUCUCUUCUAUACUACGGAGGCAGGGUAUCAAUAAUGUUUCAACCUCUUUUUCUUUUUCUCAUGUCAAUUCUUCUCUCGUACAUUAAUGUAUGCUUGGAGUAUUCCUUGUAAUCUUAUGAUCAAUAAAAUGUUGUUUGUUAAAAAUAC